AAACCAAAGCAUAGAAUUAGAAUCUCUCACAGUUCUUUGUUCAGUAGUGUUCAGUUACUGCUAGAAAUUAUACUACUUAGAUUUACAAAAAUGGGUGCUCUUGAUCACAUCUCUGAUCUCUUUGACUGCUCCAGCGGAAGUUCACACAAAAAACGCAAACAAUUGCAGACGGUGGAGGUGAAAGUGAAGAUGGACUGCGACGGAUGCGAGAGGAAGGUGAGGAAGGCGGUGGAGGGUAUGAAAGGAGUGAACUCGGUGGAUAUUGAGCGCAAGGCCAGCAAGGUCACCGUUACUGGGUAUGUGGAACCCAACAAGGUUGUGUCCCGCAUCGCUCACCACACUGGGAAAAAGGCAGAGAUCUGGCCCUAUGUUCCAUACGACGUCGUUGCUCACCCCUAUGCCCCUGGUGUGUAUGAUAAGAGAGCACCUUCUGGUUAUGUCAGAGACGCUGAGCAAACUCAGUAUUCCCAGCUCACACGUGCCAGCUCCACGGAGGUCCGGUACACCACCGCUUUCAGCGACGAAAACCCCACCGCCUGUGUCGUCAUGUGAAUGUGAAUUUGUAAUUAAACCAAACUAUAUAGUACUAGUUAUGAUAUGAUUAUGAAUGAAUAGGAGGAAUGCUUGCUUGCCUAGUAGCUAGCUUUUUGCUUUCUUCCUUCCCUGUAAGUCUGUAACAUUAAAUCAAAUUGGGCAGAUUAGAUUUCUCA